GGACAGCAGCUGCUCCUUCCAGGCUUGGUGUGCUCCCGGUGCUCAGUGCAGGGACCUUCUAGCAUGCUCCUCCAGCCAGGCCACUCAGCGGGUGCCAGCAGUGGCCGCUCGGGGCCGGGGACACCAGGCUGACCCUACAGCGACUGGCUCUGGACCUGCCAAGCAGGAAUUGUGUUGGAACCGACCUUCCUCUCUCCAGCGUGCUGGGAUCUUUGCAGCAGCCCAUGCCGCAGCGCCUCGCCCGUUCCACCCGAGCUGCCCAUGCCACUGGCUUGGACCUAACCUAGGCUCAGUCUCAGCGUGGCCUGGGCAGGGGGGAACCAUGGGGAGCUCUGCCUCAUCGCUGGCCGCAGAGACGGAGUCGGACCAUGGCUUCAGUAGCUCGCCCUACCCGGGGCACCCGGCCGUGGGCUGGUAUAGGAGCAGUCCCGGUGGCCCCGUGUGGGAAAGUGCCCUCAUAACGCGGCAGCACCAGCACUUACAGCACCGGCUGCGAAGCCACUCCCACUCUCCCGGCUCCAUGGCUGCUGUCCGUGAGUGGUCCUGCACGCGCUGCACCUUCCUGAACCCCGUGGGCCAGCGGCAGUGCUCCAUCUGCGAGGCUCCCCGCCAGAAACCCGACCUCAACCACAUCCUGCGGCUCAGCGUGGAGGAACAGAAAUGGGCCUGUGCCCGCUGCACCUUCAGGAACUUUCUGGGCAAGGAAACCUGUGAGGUGUGUGGCUUCACCCCAGAGCCGGGACCCGGUGGCUCCCCCUUGCCCGUCAUCAACGGCAUCUUGCCCAAGCCUGCCGUGCUGGUGGAGCCCAAGGGCACAUGCAAGGAGGAGGCUGCCAAGGCAGAAAGCAGCAGCGAGGACUCAGAGGGGAAGAGCCCUGAUGAAGCAGAGCUGGAGAGCGGCUGGGCUUGCCAGCGCUGCACCCUGCACAACACGCCCGUGGCCAACUCCUGCUCCGCCUGUGGUGGCCCACGCAAGCUCUCCCUGCCCAAGAUCCCACCAGAGGCGCUGGUCGUCCCUGAAGUCAUCACCCCGGCCGGAUUCCACAUGGCCCCCUCCACCCCGCAGCCUUUAAUCUCCACAGAGAUCUCUGAUGGUGACGCCGUGGCCGCCCAGGGCCCAGUGGCUAUGGAACAAGAGGCCCAGAAGGUAGCAGCCUUCAGCCCCUUCUCCCCGGGGCUCCAGAACAACCCUGUGCCCCGAAGCCGGCGGGAGGUGCCCCCACAGCUGCAGAUGCCGGUCCCUGAAGGCUCCCAGCCCGCGCCUACGGGUGCCGUGGGGCAGAAGGGCUCUCCCCAAGGUCAGGCCAGGGCUGCCCCCACCACACGCUUCCCGGAGCUGCUGUCCAACAAACGGCUGAGCGUGCUGGAGGAGGAGAUGGAGGUCAGUCCGUCCCACUGGAAGUGCAGCUCCUGCUCCCUGCUCAACUCCGCUGGGGCCAGCAAGUGCGAGGUUUGCAGCACCCAGAAAGGCAGCGACACCAUCAACCUGGUGGGGGACUCGGUGAGGUUCACCCCGUGCAGCCCCUCCAGCCCUGACUUCACCACCUGGUCCUGUUCCAAGUGCACCCUCAAGAACCCCACGCAGGCCCAGAAGUGCAAGGUGUGCGGCUCCUCCAAGCUGCACGGCUUCCAGGAGCACGGGGCUCCGGGCGAGCCGGCCCCGCGCUGCCCCGACUGCGGCGCCUGCGACAGGGCCGGCUGCUCCUGCGGCACCAAGGCCCCGUCCGCCCGCAAGGUCGCCCGGCUCUUCCCCGCCCCGCUGCCCGGAGGGCAGGACAGGCCGGGCCAGUGGGCCUGUCCCGCCUGCACCCUGCUGAACGAGGUGAAGGCCAAGCACUGCGGCGCCUGCCACACCCCCCAGCAGUACGUGGCCCAGCACAAGGGCCUCAAGCCCCUCAAGAGGAGGGAGAGCAUGCACGUGGAGAAGAGGAGGCAAACAGAUGAGGGCGAGGCCAAAGCCCUGUGGGAAAACAUCGUGACCUUCUGCCGGGAGAACAAAGUCAAUUUUGUAGACGACAGUUUCCCCCCUGGGCCCAGGUCCGUGGGGUUCCCGGAAGGUGACAGUGUGCAGCAGCGGGUCAAGCAGUGGCUGCGGCCCCACGAGAUCAACUGCAGCAUCUUCAAGGAGCGCUCAGUGAAGUGGUCAGUGUUCCGCACCCCCCGGCCCUCGGACAUCCUGCAGGGACUGCUGGGGAACUGCUGGUUCCUGAGCGCCCUGGCCGUGCUGGCCGAGCGGCCCGAGCUGGUGGAGAGGGUGAUGAUCACCAGGACACUGUGCCCCGAGGGUGCCUACCAGGUGCGGCUGUGCAAGGACGGCACGUGGACCACGGUGCUGGUGGAUGACAUGCUGCCCUGCGACGAGUGCGGGUACCUGCUCUUCUCCCAGGCCCAGAGGAAGCAGUUGUGGGUGGCCCUCAUUGAGAAGGCGCUGGCCAAGCUGCACGGUUCGUACUUCGCCCUCCAGGCUGGGCGUGCCAUCGAAGGCCUGGCCACGCUCACAGGGGCCCCCUGCGAGAGCCUGAUGCUGCAGGUCAGCUCCACUAACCCUCGCGAGGAGCCCAUUGACACUGACCUCAUCUGGGCCAAAAUGCUGAGUUCUAAGGAGGCUGGGUUUCUCAUGGGUGCAUCCUGCGGCGGAGGCAACAUGAAGGUGGAUGAUGUGGCCUACGAGAGCAUGGGGCUCCGACCCCGGCACGCCUACUCCAUCCUGGACGUGCGGGAUGUCCAGGGCUUCAGGUUGCUGCGUCUCCGGAAUCCCUGGGGCCGCUUCUCCUGGAACGGCAGCUGGUCAGACGAGUGGCCGCACUGGCCGCUCCCCCUGCGCCACGACCUGAUGCCCCAUGGCAGCAGCGAGGGCGUCUUCUGGAUGGAGUACAGCGACUUCAUCAAGUAUUUUGACUCCGUGGAUAUCUGCAAGCUCCAUUCGGACUGGCACGAGGUGCGUGUGCAGGGAAUGUUCCCCAACAAGGCCAACGGGCCGGUGACGGUGACGUCGCUGACGGUGUUGGAGCGCGCAGCUCUGGAGUUUGCCCUUUUCCAGGAGGGCAGCAGGAGGUCAGACACGGUGGACAGCCACUUGCUGGACCUGUGCAUCAUGGUUUUCCGGGCCACCUUCACCAGUGGGAACAAGCUGAGCCUGGGCCGGCUGAUGGCCCACAGCAAACGAGCCGUCAAAAAGUUCGUCAACUGCGACGUGAUGCUGGAGCCGGGCGAAUACGCCGUCGUGUGCUGUGCCUUCAACCACUGGAGCGCUGCCCUGGCCGGCCCUGCUGCCCAGGCUUCCAGUCCCACCAGCAGCCGAGCAGCCACUGAUUACUCCAGCUACAUCCUGGCCAUCUACAGCUCCCGCCUGGUGAUGGUGGAGCAGGUGGAGGCGCAGCCCACCACGCUGGCAGAUGCCAUCAUCCUGCUGACCGAGAACAAGGGCGAGCGCCAUGAGGGCCGUGAGGGGAUGACCUGCUACUACCUGACCCACGGCUGGGCAGGGCUCAUCGUGGUGGUGGAGAACCGGCACCCCAAGUCCUACCUGCACGUUCAGUGCGACUGCACCGACAGCUUCAACGUGGUGUCCACACGCGGCAGCCUCAAGACGCAGGACAGUGUCCCCCCCCUGCACAGGCAGGUGUUGGUGAUCCUGUCCCAGCUGGAGGGUAACGCCGGUUUCUCCAUCACGCACCGCCUGGCGCACCGCAAAGCCACUCAGGCCUUCCUCAAUGACUGGAUGCUGACGAAGGGCACCCACAACCCGCUGCUCACGCCCGAGGUGGCCGGGCUGCACGGCCCCCGGCCCCUAUGACAAAGAGCCUCCCUCUCCCUGCCCCGCUGCCCCGUUCCUGUCACCGAACCUCUGGCUCAGGGUGCCCCCCCGAGCCGGCAGCGCUGAGCUGUGGGGCAGAGCUGGGGUGGCACCCCCAGCACUUUGCCCCACGCUGCAGGGCCGGGGUGAGUUCUCAGGGCCAGCACCAGCCCUGCCCGCUGCCCCUGCCCUGGCACUGCUGCCCCCCACGCACUUUACGAGGAGCGGUUGGGGGCACGGGGCCGUCUCAGGAUCCCACCUGCCCUGUACCUGCGCUGGGCCCGGUGCCCUCUGCCCGCCCCGGGGACUCUGGGGGAGGGAGGGGGUGGAGGUUGCUGUCAAGUCCCUUCCCAGGCACCACGCUCAGGACUCUGCCCCUUCCCGUGGUGCCAGGGCACUGGCGCUGCAAGAAGAAUAUACCUCUGAUGUCUGUCCGUCUGUGUGACCCUCCGUCUGUCCCCGGGCCCUUCCUGCUGUCUUGUUGCCCCCCUUGUCUGCUGCCAGGACCAGCGUGGUGCUGAGGUUGGGCUGGGGAGUGCCAGGGUCACGCUGCCAUGGUGCCACCCAAGCCAGGGACACUCCACCCAUCCUGGGUGCUGGGCCUGGCGGGGAGAGGGCACAGGGUUGUUGCAGAAAGCUGCUGCUGAGGGGGUUUUGCUGUAAUUGGGGUGAAACUCGGAGGUUUCACCACCUCCUCCUUGGCUCCGGGUGGGGAGCGAGGCCUCGGGGUGCUGCUGGCAGGGGCUGAGGCACCAGGGCCCCUGUCCCUGUCACACAAGUGUUACUAUGCAAAGGCGGCCGGGGGGAGCAGUGCCUGGAGAGAAGCCAUGGCCCCAGCUGGGCUCAGCCACCCGGCACUGCCCUGUGGGCCCCCCAUGCCCCAUGCAGGGAGGGUGGGCAGCAGGUACAGACCCGGGGUCAGGGAGCAGUUCCCUGGAGCUACCACGAGUCCAUGAGCUGGGGAGGGGGUGGUUUUGGGGGAGAUGAGGAGAGCCCACUCCUCCAGAGGCUGUGGGAGGCAGUGAGCACAAGGCGAGGGCUGCACCUCGGGGUGCCACUGGCCCUGUGGGUGCUCCGAGGUGGGGGCUGAUCCUGGAGGGAGCUGCACCCCACGUUUUCAGGGCAUUGUGGCUCUCUGACAUGGUGUGUGUGUGUGUGUGUGUGUGUGUGUGUGUGUGUGUGUGUGUGUGUGUGUGUGUGUGUGUUUUGGGGUUCCCCUCUGUACCAUCUCCUGCCUGAGCUGUGUGGAUUUACAGCUGAGGGGGGGUGAUGGGCAAUGCUGGACCCUGUUCUGGCAGGGACCGUGCUGGGGGGUCCUGCACCCCAAACCCUGCACCAGCAGAGUUGGGCUGGGCAGGGGUGUGGGGGUCUCUGCCUGACCUGUC